UAGCUAAUGCCAGUGGAUCGUGGAUAUUGUGAAUAUUGUGGAUUCAGUUGAAAUCGAAACGCCAGCUUGCUAUAUCGUCGCGUCGCUGUAUUAAUAUAUAUAAAAUAUUAAUAUUUACUCCUAUAACUUUUUAUAAAGUCCAUUAACAACGGUCCUAAUCAAUUAAAGUGGAAUAAAUCUAUUUUCAAAUGCAAGUUUAUCGGUUUCACUUGCGAUUUAUUCGGACGCGUUUUCUGUGCGACUCUCCGCUGCUUAGCAUUUGCUCCGCUAUAAAAACAUGUAAAAAGGAAAUAUAAAUAAUAAAAAACUUAACAACCAAAGGAUAAAUAACUUAAACGUGUGUAUAAACAUGCAUCGAUAUUAUUAAUAACACGACGCGACUUUGCGAAAACUCAGUGUCUCCGUGCGCGAUUAUUUAAAUGCAAAAAAGGAUUUGUGUAUACCGAAACGCCUAAACAACAACAAGCUCUUUAAAAGAAAUUUGCAUUUUCAUCUUGCGCAAAAGCCAAAACAACACAAAAACACACACACACAGGAAAAGCACAAGAGAAAAAUGCUGACACGGAUGAGGCCAGCGGUGGGUUGAUUGGCUGACAACCACGACAUCCACAUCCACAUCCACAUCCAUAGAAACUACAAAAAGACACGGUCGAGUGCCAGCGAGUGGUAGGAAGGUGGAGAAGGUAGCAGGAGCAGGCAGAGUGCCAAGCAUCACCUGGCUCAGAAAAAAACUAAAAAAUAACUCGAAAAAAAAAGCAACAAACAAACAAACAACCGGCCAGCCACAAUGACAAAUGUUUGGAGCGGAGCCAGGCUUUAGGUGUUGAGCAGCGGGUUUAAUCAAACAACAAAAGGAAAAGCCGUGGAAAGAGGAGGAGCACCUGGUGGAAGAAGGAAGGAAGGACAGCGAGGAAUUACCCAAGUUGAGCGAGAGAAAGUUCCAUCAUGGAGAAACCAAUGCAUCAUGCCCCUGCCCCGGCUGCCGUGGGUAAGGUCAGCCAGAUAGCCAACAUUUUCCAGCGGAAACCCAUCGAGAUUCAGCCGGUGGAACAGCUGAGUGCAGUUGCUGCUGCCCAUGCCGCUGCAGCUGCUGCAGCCGCUGCCCAUGUCCAAGGAGCCAGGACAGAGUCACAUUCGGCGAGAUUCAAUAACGCUCGAGCCUUGUUCGAGAAACUGGGUGUUGAGUCCAAUUCGAAUGUGAGUUCCCGCCUUUUGAGGAGUGGUUCUCGCGAGGAUAAUCUUUGCGACGGCUCAGAUCGUUCAUCCUCACGCUCCUCGGAUCGUUCUCAAUCUCCGCCAAAGCGAAGGACACCGUUUCCCUCGGGUGUGUCGCUGGUUCACAAUAAUAAUAAUGCCAGCGUUGUGCCUCAAAAUGGAGGAUCUGCACCCGAACAGCGUUUGAGUAAUAGCAAAUUUAUUGUGGAACCAGCGGCGCCAAUAUCUCAAGUAGUGCCCACCUCGGCUGUCAAGUAUCCGCAGCAUAAUUUAUCCCGCUUGAAGUCGGAGGAAGUGACGGUCAGUCCUCCAGUGCCAGCCAGUGGUUCGGUGAGCGCUUUAUUUGCCAACUCUGGUGCGGAUAAACCAGAGAAACCUGAGCGCAAAUUCAACUCGAGGGAACUGAUUGAGAAGCAAAAGAAGUGGACAUCGCACUUCACGAAGACAAAGACCACUCGGACUCACAGCGAUCUCAAUCGUUGUGACAUUAUACGCACUGUGCCCGGCACAGGACUGAUUAUGGAUAGCGAAAAGGUGACCAAACCGGCAAUGGAACCACCACAGUCCCAGGCUCCACCCAAUGCCAGUCCUAAUCCACCGCUGCGAUCGCAGGCUCCGCCAGAGAUUAAGCCCAGGAGUGGAAAGAUUGGUAGUCCGGUGAAGUCACCGCCAUUGCCGCCGAUACCAGCGGCCAAGCCAAAGAAUGUGAGUCCGGUGAAGUUUAAUCCGGAGCGACUACGUCAGUCACCCACAAAAACGGCAAAUGAUUCACCGCCGCCGCCGCCAGCCAAAUCUGCGGCAGUUACAGCCGCCAUGCAACGAUCCUUGAUGCAGGAGCAGCAGGAGCAGUUAAUGCGAAAUGCCAAUGAUCAGGGUGUGGCACCAAUACCACCGGAAAAGCCACGUAAAAAGUCUGUAGAUCUCAUCGAGGAUACGCAACCCUUGGCUAACAAUUGUUCCACACCGCCCUCAUCCUGCGCCUCACCCACCAGCUCGUACAUUGUGCAGCCUGCCAAGAGGGGAUCCAUGGAUGGUGGACAGUCCUCGUAUCCUGGUAAUGGACUCAGUGGUAGCACCAAUUCGGCUGCCUCGGGAUCACCUGUGGCCAGUGCCUCAUCGGGUCCCUCAUCGCCAGUCCACACCGAGGAUGAGAAGCAGGAGAAUGAGUCCACGGAGAAGUCGGAAAUGGAGCAUUAUCAUAGUAGCAGCUACAAUAGUGUUCCCAGGCGGCGACGCAGCGAAAAUGAAGGUCGCAAAUCUGUGGAUGAAUCUCCUGCAACGGCCAGCUCCCAACAACAACAGCAGCAGCAGCAACAUUCCAUUCCAGGCUCCGCCACUGGAUCACCCCAGCGAGUGGUGGCCAAUAAGCGGAGCAGCAUUACGGUCAAUAUGCCAGCCGCUGGUCUUGGCCAGAGACCGCCCAGCAUUAUUUCAACCACCAGCCAGGACGAGGGUGGCUUUAACGAAACCACUCCAGAGCUAAAGGCCAAAUUGCAGCCAUCCUACGACCAAACGGAGACGGAGCAGCCGCACAGUCUCAACUACGUGGAUGUGGGCUAUCGCCUCAAUCCCGACGGCAGUGAGAGUCGUGAGGUUUACGGCUCCGAGGCGGAGCUAUACGAUACCGCCAAGGUCACAGAUAUGCAGCGAAAGUUCCAUGGAGCCAAUGGUUUUGGCCAAGAGUCGAGCACAGUGUAUGCCAUCAUUAAGACGGAUGCUCAGGAUGCUAACCAGCAGCAGCAACAACCGGUGGCUACCUCGCGUUCGGUUCACCUGCAACAAUCGCCGACAUCCUCGAGUGUGGAGGGAUCUCCCCUGCAUCGUGGUGUCUAUAGCUCACCACCCGUUGGUGUCGUCUCCCCCAUAAGGCGACGCAAUAGCAACAAUCAGGAUCAGAGUGUGGGCAGUGCCAAGUCCACGCCACCCAUUUCACCAGCCAGAUCGGCAUUGGUCAAGGGUAUUGCUCCCAUUGCUUCCAUUGAUGCGCAUGAAGAAGAGGAACUAGAUCUCCAUGCGGAAGAUGAGGAGGAUGAGCACUUGGCAGUGGAAUAUGUGGAGGUAAUCGAACUGGAGGAGGAGGAGGAGGAAGCACCCAUUCUGCCCGAACGUCGUGCGCCUGCUCAGGGUGCCCUUGAGCUGCAGGAUUUGGAAUAUGCGGACACAAGUGCCGGUGAGGAUGAGGAGGAUAUACUCAAUCAUUUGAAGGGCAGCGAUAUAUUGGAUGUGGAGCUAAUCGAUGACGUUGUCGAUGAGGUGAUCAGCAAGGUGCAUGUGAAGCAUAAUGUGGUCAGUGCAACACCAGCUGCAGCAAUUCCUCGAGAGGAUAGCCUGCCGGAUGCCAUGACUGCCGCCGAAGCCGAAAGAUUGUUGAGCUCAAGCAUUUUGGAAAACAAAAUCAGACAACAGUCGCUGCUGUCGGACGAACAGGCCAAGGAAGUCGAGCAAAUACUGAACGCCGCCGUUGCUGCCGUUGUUGUUGCCGCAGCAACAACAUCACCGACCAGCACCAAGAAUCUCAUUGAGGAUUUGCCACCUCAGUCGUCCUCUGGCCAAUUGGCAGCGCAAUCAGGAGCCAACGGGGAGCAACGCGACAUUCAUAUUGCAGCUGUUCCUGCAAUUGUCGAAGAGGAGGAGGAGGACGUGGACGAGGGCGAGGACGAAGAGUAUCCGGAGAAGUUCCAUCGGGACGAGGACGAGAACGAGAACGAGAACGAGGAGAACCACGCCCGCGGCGAGUUCGAUGCCAAUGGUGACGGUGAUGGGGACUCGGAUGACGUUGAAGCCGUGGACAUUGUAGGCUACAGUCCAGCCACCACAUCCACAGCUCUGAAUGCCACCUUUGUCAAGGCCGAUAGCACUGAGACGGAGACCACGACCACAACACCUUCAACGGCCACCACAGCCACCACAAGGCACGACGACGACGAGCCCGAGUGGUUAAGGGAUGUCCUUGAGGCUCCCAAACGCAGUUUAGAGAAUCUGCUUAUCACCUCAGCCAGUUCUGUGACAAUUCAGCAACGCGAAGAACUCGAGAACGGCUACGAUUUCCAGGUUAAACAUUCCGAUCUAAACCAAACUUAUGUAACAGGCGGUGGCGGAGAAUCGCUGCAUGAGUCUAUUGUGUCCGUAGAAUCCACACAAUCGGAUGCCACACUCAAUCAGACGACAACCAUUGACGAUAGCAUCAUCUCCAGCAAACACAAUUCCACAUACUCUCUGGCCGAUGCCGAGCAAGCCACAAAUUCGACUGUUUUAAGUACUGGAGUGACCGAACUAGACGAUAGUCAGUACUAUAUACCGGAAUAUCCGCCGGUGAGAAGCAAGGAGGUACUUGUCGAGGCGGGAGUGCAUUACUUUGAAGAUGGCAACUUUUGGAUGGAAGUGCCUGGUCUCCUAGACUUUGACGACGACGACUGCUCCUAUCCGCCCAUUACUGUACGCAAAAAUCCCAAGGUACGCUUCAGCUCCGGUCCGAUCCACGUAUACUCAACAUUCUCUGUUAAUGACUACGAUCGCCGGAAUGAAGAUGUUGAUCCUGUGGCCGCUUCGGCGGAAUAUGAGCUUGAGAAGCGUGUGGAGAAGAUGCAUGUCUUCCCCGUUGAAUUGAUGAAGGGUCCGGAAGGUUUGGGUCUCAGUAUAAUUGGUAUGGGCGUUGGUGCCGAUGCUGGCCUAGAGAAAUUGGGAAUAUUUGUGAAAACAAUCACCGAUAACGGAGCAGCAGCCAGAGACGGACGGAUUCAGGUCAACGAUCAGAUCAUUGAGGUAGACGGCAAGAGUCUCGUGGGUGUAACACAGGCGUAUGCAGCUUCUGUGCUGCGAAAUACUUCCGGUCUAGUCAAAUUCCAAAUUGGACGCGAACGUGAUCCUGAGAACUCAGAGGUAGCCCAGCUCAUACGACUGAGUUUGCAGGCGGAUCGUGAGAAGGAGGAGCGCUUGAAGCGUCAACAAGAGGAGUAUCUGCGACGUACGCUCGACUAUUCGGAGGACUCGACCCAACCCGUUUCGGCCAAUUCGAGUGUGUGCGAAGGACCCUCGAGUCCUGUGCAAGUGGAACAUCCCAUGGAGGUGGAGGCCACACAUUCGCAGGAGGUAGAGUCGCUUAAGCGGCUGCUACAGGAGAGCGAAAUGGGUUGCCUUGUCAAGGAAGAGAUUAUACAAAAUCUUAAACGAAAGCUGGUCAAGCUCGAGACCACCGGCAAUGAGAAUGAGCUGCUCAGCGAGCGGCUCCGUCAGAGUGAGCGGGAGCUCGGCAACAUCCGCAAGGAGGCAGCCAAUCUCCAGAAUAUGUUGCAACAGUCCCAGGGCCAAUAUAUGGCACUGGACAAGAAGUACAACAAGGCGAAGCGAUUGGUGCGCGAAUACCAGCAACGGGAGCUGGACAUGUGCCAUCGCGAGGAGUUCUAUCAGCAGCUGCUCCAGGAGAAGGACACCGAGUACAAUGCGCUGGUAAAGAAGCUCAAGGAUCGGGUCAUCAAUCUGGAGCACGAGCUGCAGGAGACACAGCGCAAGGCUGGUUUCCCUGUCGGUCUGCCCUACGAUAGUGCCACCUUGAAGCUAACGCCCCAAAUGAUGCGCAAAACGCCACCAAAGCCGCUCUUCCAUAAACUGGAAACUGAACUAUCGGAUACCGAGAUCUCGGAUCUAUCGCCCGAUGGCGAUGGCGUUAAGACCGCCACCGUGGAGCGCAAGGUUCCUGUUAAGGAUGAACUGGAUGCGGCUGUGCCGCAGCACGAGCUGCUGGAUAACUCGGUGAAUAAGACGAAAAUCGAUCUGGCCUCCCGUGGUGGUUUAGCCAAUCGCCAAUUGCCCUCAGCGAACGGCACCGGCUGCAGCUCCAACUCCAACGGCGCCGCCAGCAGCGAUCUCGGCCAGCUUUCGAACGGCAACCUGAAUCUGAAGCGCAGCAGGAGCAACAGUCGCAGCUCGGACUGCACCCUGGACGAUACGGACGACGACGAGGAUGGGGACAGAGGCGUGGAGGCGGGCGAGGGUUCUGCCCUGAAUCUGGCAGGCGGUGCCUCUAGCUCCUCCACCCACGACAUCAUCAGCCUGUCCAACGGCAACUCGCAUCUGCUGGCCAAUGUUAACAAUCUGCUGCAGCAUCAUCCACCGCCAGCAGCGGUUGUAAGCACGCCGCCCUCCUCCAACGGCCAUCUGGGCACCACCACAGCCAUUCUGUUGAACUCCACAUCCUCCGCCUCGUCCAGUUCUUCCAAUCAAUCGACGGCACGUGAGGCACAGAUCAAUCAGCUGUACGCUCAGGUCCACAAGGAUCCCAGCAAGCAACAGCAGCAGCAGCAGCAGCAGCAACAGCAGCAGCAGCAGCAGCUACAGCAGCUGCAACAGUCACAACAGAGCAGCAUUCCGGGCAUCUUCAAGAACGCCUUGGGUUCGCCGGCGGAUAACAAUGGACUGAACGACUUCCAUCGCGGCAGCAUGACAACCUUUGGAACUGGUCCGGCCAGCAGCAGCAAUCGUGAUCUCAACAGUUCGUAUGACUCCAUACUGGGCAGCAACGACAAGCUCUCGGAGAACGAGCCGGCGGAGAGCUGGAUGUAUCCAAGCCGACGACGAGUGGCACCCAAUGGCAGCAAGGUUCCAUUGCCCGGUUCCAGCUUCACGGAUCAACUCAAUCAGGCUCUGUCCGAUCGCGAGAGGCGACUCGGCGAUGGAUCCUCGCGACAUUCCAGCGAUGAUUACACGGAGAUCAACAAGAGCCAGAGUGCAGCGGCCAUCAAUUGCAAGACACUGAUCAAUGAGAUCCGCCAGGCGGUGAAUGAAGCCCAGCCCAAAGUUAAACAAGUCGUUCCCCAAUCACUCUCCCCGCCCGGCACAGUGCCCUGGCAGCAGCAGCAUCUCCACCAGCAGCAGCAACAGCCGUCCGCCCACACCACUGGCCCGCCCUCACCCACCAGCAUGUCCUCCGGAUGCUCCUCGCCCGGCUACUCGCCCAGCCGCACCCUGGACUUGUCCGGUUCCAGUUCGAGUUUCUCCGAUCGCAAGGCAGCGGCCGCCGGAUACAAUUAUAAGGGCGGUCCUGUCCAUGAAUGGACCAAGGAUCAGGUCGGCCACUGGCUGAUGGGCAUCGAGCUGGAGCGCUACAUUCCCGUCUUCAAGGAGCACAACGUCGAGGGCGGUGCACUGCUCACCCUCGACUCCAAGGACUUUAAGACGCUGGGCGUAUGUGGUGACGACAAGCACCGACUGAAGAAGCGCCUGAAGGAUCUGAAGGCGAACAUCGAGAAGGAGCGCAAGGACAUGGAGCGAGAGCGUCGCGAACGCGAAAAGGCCAUACGCAAGGCCGAGAAAAAGGCGGCCAAAAAGAAGUAGUAGUUGAAUUCCUAGUUGAUAAGAGCAUCAAAAAAAGUAGCCAAAAACCAAAAGCAUACGCAGUAUAUAUGUAGUCUAUGCAUACGAACACGAAGCAUAUAUCUAUCGGUUAUAUUAUAAAUA